AUGGUUUGUCGUUUAGAGCACAGACACUACACUCUGAUAAAACUGCAGCAAUUGGUGAGACCUCCGCUCUCAAAGACUGUGACUUUUAUCUUCCGUAAGAGUAAUCCAACGAAUUUUCGCGAAAUACUCAAAGACGUCCGAACGCGAGGCAUAUAUAGUAUAAUCAUCGACACCAGGCCUGAGAGUCUGCCUCAUCUAUUAGCCGCUAUACUACAAGUCCAAAUGAAUAAUUAUAAAUAUCACUAUCAUUUCAUAACGUUUGAUAUCGAGACAUUCAAUUUAGAUAACUUUAAAUAUAAUUUUGUAAAUAUGACGGCCUAUCGUAUGGUAGACGUAGAGCACCCGCCGGUCCGCCAGAUCCUGCGAGACAUGGAAAAGUUUCAGCCAAUGGGUCAACACAUACUCAACAAAACAAAUGUGAUAAAUAUGAGAAGCUCAAGAGAUACUACACGUCUUUCCGUACACUUUUAA